GUCACGGGACGGCAUGGGUAGUAAUGUUUAUCUACGAAUUACUCAUCUUUGUCCUCACAGUCUUCAGGACUUGGAUAAAUAGGGGAUUACCGCGGUUCUUCCCAAUAUCCAGAAGAGAUAUCCUUGAUGUCAUAUUCUACGAUGGUGUGAUGUACUUCGCAGGGAUGGCAUUGGUCAAUUUACCCAACAUUCUGACAUACUUUUGUGGUCCAGAAAUCAUCAGAGGCAGCCUGAGCGCGUUUACUACUUGGUGGGUGGUUGAUGCGAUAGACACUGAACAAUCCUGAGCCUGAGUAUGACCCUCAGCAUGUCUGUCACUCUGAUCUCUCGCAUGAUGCUUAACCUGCACGCAUGUAUUGACACUGGCAUUUUAUCUACCCCU